AUGCCACCCCACGGAGGGGUGUUUGUGGGUCUCUGGCUGCUGCUGGUCCCCAGCCUUGCCGAGCCACCCCCGGGAACUGGGGGGGCCACCCUGGCCUUUGUCUUCGAUGUCACCGGCUCCAUGUACGACGACCUGGUGCAGGUGAUGGACGGGGCCUCGCGCAUCCUGGAGCGGACGCUCAGCAGGAGCACGAAGCCCAUCAGCAACUACGCGCUGGUCCCCUUCCACGACCCAGACUGCGGGGACAGGAGCCACCCCGGGUACCGCGUGUACGAGCGCAUCGCUGCCACCAGCUCCGGGCAGAUCUUCCACCUGGACAAGCAGCAGGUGACGGAGGUGCUGAAGUGGGUGGAAGAGGCCAUCCAGGCCUCCAAGGUCCACUUGCUGUCCACGGACCAUGAGGACGGCGGGGAGCACACGUGGCCGGUCCCCUUUGACCCUAGCCUGAAGGAGGUCACCAUCUCCCUGAGUGGCCCUGCCCCGGGGAUUGAGGUCCGGGAUCCGGCAGGAAAGGUCCUCGAGAAAGGCCAAGGUCUGAAGGAGCUGCUCAGCAUCCCCAACUCGGCCAUGGUGGUGGCCGUGGAGCCCCACGAGUCAGGGACCUGGUCGGUCACGACCCAGAGCAGCGGCCGCCACUCCCUGAGGAUCACAGGCAUCAGCAACAUUAAUUUUCAAGCCAGCUUCUCCACCCAGCCGGAGUUUGAUGCCAGCCAGCCCAGCGAGCGGCCGGUGCAGGGUCUGCCCAUUUCCGUGGUGGUGAACUGCACCGGUCUGAAGCCGCCUGGGCGCUUGCAGGAGAUCGAGCUCUUCAACACCUCUGGUCAUGCACUCCUCUCUUUGCCUGCAAGGCCCCUCUCCAACACCUCCUCGGGGCAGCUCUGGGUGGGCUCCCCACUCCGUGUCCCCCCGGGCGACUUUCUGCUGAAGGUGAAGGGCGAAGAUGCCCAGGGGCACCCCCUGCACCGCCUCUCUGGGGUCACCUACACCAGCGUGGUCCCCGGUCUACCCAAAGUGAACCUCUCCAGCAAGAUCCAGGCUUACAACCGCGAGCCGCAGCUGAUCUCCUGCUCUGGAUGGAGCGAGGUCCCCUUCCGCCUGCAGCUCAGCCGGGGUAGGAUGAAGCUCGGGGAAGAGCAGCUCUUCAGGAGUUCGGGGAACACCAGCUGGUUGAUCCCUGCGGUGUCCAAGAGUGACGAAGGGUUUUACGAGUGCACUGCCACGAGCAAGGUCGGGGUGACACGGGCUCGCACCUACGUCUCUGUCUCAGAGCCACCACCGCGUCUCAUAGCCCCAGGCAACAUCACGGCUUCACCGGGCCAAGAUGUGGUCAUGUCCUGCCCGCGUGCCGUCCUGCGGCUGCAGGCGGUGAGGCAGGAGGACGCCGGGCGUUACGUCUGCGAGGCUCUCAGCGAGGCCGGCGUCGUCUUCGACGGCACCGUGCUGGACGUGGGCUCUGCCCCUCACUUUCCGGAGCCGCGGGGCGAUGUGGCAGUCGAAGUCGGGGAGAGUGUGAUCCUGCUGUGCCGCGUCGAGGGCUCUCCCCCGCCGCGGGUCGCCUGGUCCCGGCAGGACGGGAAGCCCGUGACGGGCUGGCACGGGUCGCGUGGUGUUUCCAGCCAGCUGGAGCCUGCCGAGCUCUUCAUCGACAGUGCCUUGCUGGAUGACCAAGCCAUCUACAUCUGUGAAGCCCAGAAUGAGUUUGGGAAAAUCCAAGCGGAGGUCAAGCUUGCGGUCAUCGGACACGCAGCCCCAGAAAUAGCUCUUGCAUCCCCUGUGGUCCGCGUGCUCCGGCGGGCGGGCAGCUGUGAGCGUGGGUGCCCCAGCCUCCUGGGGCCAAAGGUAGCCCCAAGCAGCCACUACUCCCCAAGCAGCCGCUACUCCGUCCGGGAUGACGGGACCCUGCACGUGGACCAGGCGUCACAGGGGGACGCGGGGACGUACACCUGCGUGGUGACCAACGCGCUCGGCUCGCACAGGCAGGACGUGUCCCUGGUCAUCCAUGUUCCUCCCAGCAUUGAGCUUGGCCCUGUCCUCUUCACUGCCACCGAGGGAGAAGCUGUCACCUUGCGAUGCAAUGCCACCGGCGUGCCCCCGCCUACUGUCACCUGGGCAAAGGGCACAGAGCCCAUCUCGCCAAGCCCACGCUACCACCCCGACCCUAGUGGGACCCUCCUGAUCCCUUCACCCUCACCCGGGGACGCAGGAACCUACUUCUGCACAGCUACCAACACGGCAGGGUUCUCCAGCCGGGAGAUGCAGCUCUCCGUCAGCACAAAGCCCAGGAUCAACGUGAACGGAUCGCAGGCGUCGGACCCCGUAACCAUCCUGGCUGUGCUUGGGCAGGAGACCACUCUGCCCUGCGAGGUUCAGGGGUAUCCCCCUCCCUUGGUAGUGUGGACCCAGGAGUCCCAGCUGCUGCCUCUCACCACCGUGAGGUACAGCAUCCUCCCUUCAGGAUCCCUCCAGCUGGCCAAGCCCCAGGUGAAGGACACCGGCCUCUACACCUGCACGGCCACCAACGCUGCUGGGAACGCCUCGCUCAGCUACAGCCUGCAAGUCCAAGCUCCCCCCCAGCUGCUGAUCGGCGAUGGGGAAAGCCACCUGACGGCUGUCACCAAUGAAUCCCUGAGGAUUCACUGUCGUGCCAUGGGCACCCCUGCACCCAGCAUCCAGUGGCUGAAGGAUGGGCAUCCACUGGGUGAGCGGGAUGGUGUGGUGGCAUCUGAGGAUGGUGAGACCCUGCUGAUCACCCAUGUGGGUCUUCGUCACGAAGGGCUCUACAUCUGCCGGGGCAGCAACUGGGCAGGGGUGGCCCAGGCAGAGGUGCAGGUUUCAGUGCAAGUGCCUCCAAACAUCGAGCCCAGCGUGGUGGACCUGGCCGUCCUGGAGAAUGGCACAGCAUCCCUGGAGUGCCUGGCAUCGGGGCUGCCUGCUCCCAACAUCGCCUGGUACAAGGGCCAGGAUCCGCUCUCGGCCAGACCAGGCUGGACUCUGUCCCAGGAUGGGAAGCACCUGGAGAUCCAGCGUGCCCAACUCUCCGACACCGGCAGCUACCGCUGCGUGGCCUCCAACGUGGCCGGUGUCACCGAGCUCUGGUACAGCCUGCAGGUGACCGUCCCCCCACAGAUCACAGCUGGCCCCAGCCCCCUCGCGGUGGUGGUGAAUGAGCCCGUGACCCUGGAGUGUGAUGCUACAGGGACACCAGCCCCGGAGCUGCUGUGGCUGAAGGAUGGCAAUCUGGUGCCCAGCAUGGUGGUGGGUGGCCCGCAGAUCCUCUCCGGUGGGCAUGUGCUCUCCCUGCCCGCCGCUCGUGUUCAGGACUCGGGGACAUACACGUGUGUAGCUAGCAGUGCCGUGGGGGAGGACAGAUGGGAGGCCGCCCUCGAGGUGCAGCUGCCCCCCACCACCCUGGGUGAGGAGGAGAACGUGUCUGUCAUCGUCAACCAGUCGGUGACCCUGGAGUGCCUGGCCCCUGGAGUCCUUCCUCAGGGGUCCCGCUGGCUGAAGGACGGGAACGUGCUCACACCAAAGCCGGGCGUGCAGCUGUAUGCGGAGGGAACUGUGCUCCAGAUCGGGCGAGCCGCCGUGCAGCAUGCGGGCAGGUACACGUGCCAGGCGCCCGGCCACCCGGAGAAACACUACAACCUCGACGUGUGGGUGCCCCCGUCCUUCUCCUCGGUGGAGCCUGCUGCCGUAUCUGUGCUGGAGGGCCGGUCCGUUAGGCUGACCUGCAAGUGCCAUGGGAUCCCUUUCCCCACUCUGAGCUGGCAGAAGGAUGGUGAGACCCUCUCUGCCCAGCCUGGGAGCCCAAAGGUGGUGUCCACGGGAGGGAGGAUGCUCUACAUUGAGAAGGUACAGCUGGUGGACAAGGGGACAUACACCUGCGAGUGCNNGAAUGCCGCUGGCAGCAGCAGCAAGGAGCAUCGCCUGGAGGUGCACGCACUGCCGAGGAGCCAGGGCAGCAGCAAAGCCCCGAGGAAGGUUUCUGUCAUCAAGGCUGCCGAGACAGUUUUGGAGUGUGAGACCGUGGGGAUGCCACUGCCCACGGUGACAUGGGUGAAGGACGGACAGCCUGUGGCCGGUGGGGAAGGGCUUCUGCUUACAGAGCAGGGGAGGCGGCUGAGAAUCACCAAGGCGGAGUUGGCCCACGCAGGACGCUACACUUGCCUGGUGGCAAAUGCGGUGGGGCAGGAGCGGAGAGAGUUUGAUGUUGCAGUGCAUGUUCCUCCUGAGUUCAUUCAAGGGUCAGGAUCAACAACCAAUGUCAGUGUGUCUUUGCAUGGAGCCCUGACGCUGACCUGCGAGGCCACCGGUGUUCCCCUGCCCACAGUCACCUGGUCCUGGGAUGGUUCUCCCGUCACCCCCAGCAAGCACAUGCAUGUGCUUCCAGGGGGCUGGCUGCUGAGGCUCACCCGUGCACGAGCCCAGGAUGGUGGUCAUUAUUCCUGCCUGGCCAGCAAUGUAGCUGGGGAGGCCAGGAGGCAUUUCCACGUGGAGGUUCUAGUUCCUCCCCACAUCGAGAACGUGGGCGAAGAAGAGAAGACCACAGUGCCCGAGGGUCACCCUGUCACCUGGUCCUGCCUGGCUGCGGGCAACUCCCAGCCUACGAUCACCUGGCUGAAAGAUGGCCAUCCUCUGCCCAGUGGAGACACCUCCAUCUCCCCUGAUGGCUCCGUGCUCCACAUCCCCCACGCCUCCCUUUCUGACGCUGGCCACUACUCCUGCGUGGCCUCCAGCUCUGUGGUGAAUCAAACCAAGCACUACCUGCUAGAUGUUUCAGCCAGGCCCACAUUUGCUGGAGAUGCCCAGGAUGCUGCUGCAGAAGAAGUCACAGUGAUCGUCAAUGACCCUCUCUCCUUGGUCUGCGAGGCUCUGGCGUACCCAUCUCCCAACAUCACCUGGCUCAAGGAUGAGGUUCCCCUCAAAGCGUCUGGAAACGUCCAGCUUCUCCCUGGUGGCCACGGACUGCAGAUCCUGAAUGCCCAGGAAGAGGACGCGGGCACAUACAGCUGCAUCGUGGCCAGUGAAGCUGGGGAGGCUGUGAAGAACUAUGCUGUGAAGGUCCAGGUUCCUCCUUGGAUUGCCAGAGAUGAUCCUUUGGGGCAAUUUGCCAUCAAAGAGGUGAAAACCCGGGUUAACAGCACGGUGACCCUGGAGUGUGAGACGUGGGCUGUGCCCGAGCCGACCAUCCAGUGGUACAAGGACAAGCAGCUCCUGCAAAGCGCCGGCCACCUCCAGAUCCUCAGCGAGGGGCAGGUCCUUCAAAUCAAACCAGCCAGUGUCUCGGAUUCGGGACACUACACCUGCGUGGCCACCAACGUCGUGGGUGAAGAUGACAGGGACUUCAUCGUGCAUGUCCAAGUGCCACCCCUCUUCCAGCAACAGACAAGCCCCAACAAAGCCCUCAAGAUGUUCUACCAGGAGGAAGACCAAGAUGGGGAGGUGACGGAGCACCGGCAGGCCGUCCUUGGCCAGCCCACCGCUCUCUACUGUGACACCAAUGCCAUCCCACCCCCUCGGUUCACCUGGUACAAGGAUGGGGAGCUCCUGUCCCCCAGCCCGGGGGUGCAGAUGCUGCUAGGGGGCCGGGUGCUGCAGCUGCCCGCGGUGCGGGAGGAGGACGCGGGACGGUACCGCUGCGAGGCGGACCUGGCUGAGGAGGUGACAGCCACCAUCAAUGGCACCGUCCACUUCAAGUGUGAAGCCACUGGGCACCCGGUGCCUGCAGUGUCCUGGCUCUGGAAUGAUGUCCCCAUUGUGGCCAGCCCACGGCACCAGCUCCUGGAGGGUGGCAUGGUCCUGCAGGUGGCUGCGGUGGAGGUGGGUGACACCGGCAGCUACACAUGUGUGGCUGAGAACCUGGCUGGGUCAGCCGAGAAGCACUUUGCUCUGAACGUGCAGGAAGCACCCCAGAUCAUGGGUGCAAACCCCGAAAGCAUCAACGGCAGCAUCAACGGCAGCGCCUUGCUGGUGUGUGAUGUCCAGUCCCACCCUGCUGCGGAGAUCACCUGGUACAAGGAUGGCCAAGUCCUGCAGCUCGGUGAGGAGGUGACCGUCACCCCAGGCUCGCGGCUCCUGCAGCUCCCUCGCCUGCAGCUUUCCAGCUCGGGCACCUAUGUGUGCGUGGCGCUGAACCCGGCCGGCCGGGACGAGAAGAGCUUCGUCCUCACCAUCCACGGGCCCCCGGGCGCGCAGGACCCACACCAGGAGAUGCUCGAGGCCGACAUGGGGAGCCCCCUCGUCCUGACCUGUCAAGUCCCCGGUGUGCCCAUGCCCGCUGUCACCUGGCUGAAGGACGGGAGCCCGCUGGAGAGCUGCCCGGAGCGGGGCCUGGUGUCCGGGGGGGGCCAGCUCCAGCUCAGCCCCCUGCAGCCCUUCCACCAGGGCCGGUACACCUGCCUGGCGCGGGGCGCGGGCACCGAGACACGCAAGGACUUCGUGGUGCUGGUGCGAGUGGCACCCCAGAUCGCCAGCGCAGGGGUCCCCAGCGAGCACAGCGUGCUGGAGGGCAGAAGGGUGAGGCUGGAGUGCCGGGCGGAGGGGCAGCCCACCCCCCAGAUCUCCUGGCUGAAGGACGGGCACCCCCUGCGGCUGCAGCCUCCUUCACGCGCCCAGAUGUCCCCCGACGGCAGCUCUCUGCUCCUUGAGGGGCUCCAAGCCGCCGACGCCGGGGCGUACACCUGCCUGGCCCGAAACAGCGUGGGCGAAGACACACGGCUGCACAUGCUGAGCGUGCUGGUGCCCCCUGCUAUUGAGAGAGGCACCGACACCUCGGAGGUGGUCCAUGGCGUCCCAUCUGCAGCGGUGACGCUGGAAUGCCGGGCACGGGGGUCCCCUCCGCUGCACGUGAGCUGGCUGAAGGAGGGGCUGCCCCUGCGCCUGUCCCCCCGUGUCACCCUGCUCUCGGCUGGGCACGUCCUCCGGAUCUCGCAGGCACAGGUCUCAGACGCUGGGCUCUACACCUGCAUCGCCUCCAGCCGGGCAGGGGUGGCCGAUCGCAGCUUCGUCCUGCGGAUACGGGUGCCCCCCGUUCUGGAAAGCCCAGAGAGCAGCGAGGAGCAGAUGGUGGGCGAGGGCUCCGAUGUCACCUUCACCUGCGAAGCCACGGGGUCCCCAGCGCCGGCGGUGACCUGGCUGAAGGACGGCGAGCCCCUGUUGGCGGCCGUGGGGCCAGCUGACACCGGGGUGUACUCCUGCCUGGUGGCCAACGAGGCAGGGGAGGCCAGCAAAGCCUUCCACCUCCUGGUGAUGGAGCCUCCCCGCAUCAAGGCUGCACCGCAUCCCACCGAGAUGUCCAUCGCCAUGGGCACCCCGCUAGAGCUGGCGUGUGUGGUGACGGGUGUCCCCAAGCCCACUGUAACCUGGGAGAAGGACGGGCAGCUGGUGGCAGGGCCCUGGCUCGUGUCGGGGAACGAGAGCACUUUCCACAUCGAGAGCACAAAGCCCACUGUAACCUGGGAGAAGGACGGGCAGCUGGUGGCAGGGCCCUGGCUCGUGUCGGGGAACGAGAGCACUUUCCACAUCGAGAGCACAAAGGUGGCCGAUGCUGGCUUGUACACCUGCCUGGCCACUAGCCCUGCAGGGGAGGACAGCAGGAGCUUCCACGGACGCUUCCUGCGGAUCCAGGCCGUGGAGGCAGCAGACGGCGGGGAGUACAGCUGCAGGGCCACCCCGGGGCUGGGGGACAACAGCCAGCGCAUCCACAUGGAGGUUCACGUGGCCCCGGAGAUCCAGCCGGGCCCCAAGGAGGUGAAGGUGCUGCUGAACAGCUCGGCCGUGCUGCCGUUGGCCCGGGAGAUCCAGCCGGGCCCCAAGGAGGUGAAGGUGCUGCUGAACAGCUCGGCCGUGCUGCCGUGCCGGGCGGAGGGAUGGCCCGUGCCCCGGGUGACGUGGCGGAAGGACGGCCGACUCGUACCUCUCCACGGGAGUGACAGGUACGAGCUCCUGCCCGGCGGCUCCCUGCAAAUCGACCCUGUUCAGGUCCAGGAUUCGGGCUAUUACCUCUGCAUGGCAUCCAGCCCUGCUGGCUCUGACCGGCGAGGCCUCGACCUCCAUGUCCUGGUCCCUCCCGCCAUCGCCCCCGGGCCUUCCAACCUCAUCCUGCUGGCUCAGCAGCCGGCCACGCUGGGCUGCAAUGCCCAGGGAUCCCCCGAGCCCCACGUCAAGUGGGAGAAGGACGGCCACGCCCUGAGCCCACACCUCCCGCCCGGCACCUACAGGUACCUGCAGCACCAACCACCUCGCCCACCGAAGGGUCCUGCCGAAGUGCGGGGUUUGCCCCUCUCGCUGCUCCCCGUGGGGCAGGGGCUGACCCUGAUGCAUGCCUUGCUGCACAGCUUGCAGUCCUCCGGGUCGCUGCUCAUUGCCAGCCCUGGUCCCCGGGAUGAGGGGCAGUUUGAGUGCAUCGCAACCAACGCCGCCGGAGAGGCACGCAAGGUCUUCCUCGUGUCCGUCCACGUGCCCCCCACCAUUGCCGAUGACCUUACGGACGUGGCUGUCACUCGGCUGUCCCCUGCAGUCCUCACUUGCUACACCUCCGGCGUGCCCCCACCCACGGUGUCAUGGAGCAAGGAGGGAGCUCAGCUGGGCAGGCGAGGAGGGGGCUACCGCGUCCUGCCCACAGGUACGGGCCGGGGGCAUGCAGCCCCGGCAGGGCAGUGGGCCGGCCGCUACACCUGCACGGCGAGGAACGCUGCUGGCACAGCCCGAAAACACCUCCGGCUCACGGUGCACGAGCCCCCUGUCUUGAAGUCCCUGCCCAGCGUGGUGAUGGUGAUGGUCAACACCAGCGCCGUGCUGUCCUGCGAGGCGAGCGGGAUCCCCCGGCCGGAGGUCGCCUGGCAGAAGGAUGGUGUGGGCAUCGCCGGAGGGGAGGGGGAGCAGGUGCUCCCCAACGGGCAGCUGCGUCUCCUCCGGGCAUCCCCAGAGGACAUGGGCACCUACCUGUGCGUGGCUCGCAACCCCUUGGGCACCGCUGUGGGGAGGACCAGGCUGAUUGUGCAAGUGCCUCCCGUCAUCACGGCCGGCCCGCCGGAGCUGGCUGGGCUGGAGGUGCUGCUGCCCUGCGAUGCCCACGGCAUUCCCGAGCCUCGCGUGUCCUGGAACCGGGAGGGAUCCCCGGUGCGGGGCGGUGGGGGGAAGGCCACCGUCCUGCCCUCCGGAGAGCUGCUGCUGAGGGAUGUCCGGGACGGGGGGCGGGUGGUGGCUGGUGGGCGACUGCACCAGCUGCUGGACGGCUCCCUGGCCAUCCAAGCUGUGGAGAGCGCUGAUGCGGGGCACUACCGGUGUGUGGCAGAGAACGAUGCCGGCACAGCGGUGAAGGUUGUCACCCUGGCCCUGCAGAGUCGGCUCCCUGGCCAUCCAAGCUGUGGAGGUGCCCCCACGGUGACAGUGGCACCGCGAGCAGUGACAGUGCGUGCUGGGCAGCGGGUGCUGCUGCGCUGUGCCGUGUCGGGGGAGCCCCCCCCCUCCAGGAGCCACGCCGGGUGCGGGGCAGCCUGGUCGGUGUUCUCAACACCCACGAGCUUGGCGUUGCCACCCUUGAUGCCCGCGUGCUGGACGCACUCGGGCACCGUCGCCGUCCGGAGCAGCAUUGGCAGCAUCCCGCCCACCGUAGGGCCGCUGAUGAGGGUGCUGGUUGCCACCAUCGCCCCAGUUUACUGGUCCUUGGCACACGCCGGCAGGGAUGCCCAGAGCGGGUUCCUGCUCACCCAGGGCACCUUCCGCCAUGAGUCGCAGCUGGAGUUUGCCACAGGUGAGGGGUGCCAGGGACCCCUGGCCACCACCUCCCCCAUGACCCAUCCCCGGGCACCCAGCCCAGACUUCAGCGAGCGCUACGUGCAGACGGGCACGGGGCAGCUCUCGGGGAGCUCGGUGCAGAGCUUCCUCUGGGAUGGGCACAUCACCCGUGUCCGCUGCAACCACACCAUCGUGUAUGACCCCCCCGAGGGCUCACAGCCCCCCCGGGUGCAGCAUGUCCGGGCCAGCGCCGUCAAAGCCUCCUAUGACCCAGCCUCAGAGCAGCUCCGCUUCCAGCUCCGUGCCUCGCUUGAUGCAGGGGCAGACGGAGACCAGUGCCCGCUGGGAUUCAUCCUGGGCCCCCAGCAGCUGUACUGCGUUGGUAUGGACCAUUCCCAAGGGGAGCGUGAGGAUGAUAUCGACGAAUGCGCCGAGGAGUCCCACGCCUGCCGCUACAACCAGCUCUGCCAGAACGCGGCCGGGACCUACCGCUGGGCGGCCGGGCCCUCCCGCUGCGCCUGCCCUCCUGGCUACCGCUCGCUGGGCGCUGGCUGGCCAUGCCUGGACGUGAACGAGUGCCUGCAGUUUCCUCCACCGUGUGCCUUCGAGUGCCGCAACCUGCGGGGCUCCUACCAGUGCCUGUGCCCCCCCAGCAGGACCCUGCUGCCAGGCGGAGAGUGUGGCACAGCAGGGGUGGAUGGAGGGGACACAACGGGCAGCACCCCCCGGGACCCCCCGCUGCACUGGCUGAGGCCGAGCAACCCACAGGGACGAUCCUUCUACACCCAGCUUGCCCUCGGGGCCCGCUCCCGCUGCGUCUGCCCGCCUGGCUACCGGCUGCUGCCUGACGGGAAGACCUGCCACGACGUGGACGAGUGCGCAGAGGGCACAAUCCGGUGUGGCUCCAGCCAGAUGUGCUUCAACACCCGCGGAGGUGCCCAGUGCGUGGAUGUGCCAUGCCCGGCCGGGUACCGGAGAGGCUCCAGCCCUGGCAUCAGCUCCCUUGGUCAGCAAGAGCAGGCUCUGGCCUCUGUGCACGUGGUGCGGGUGGAGGCUGUUCCCCAAAAGCUGUUUCAGUCCUACUCCACGGCACUGGCUGGAGGGAUGGGGGGUGCUGGCCCUGAGGACCUGAGCCCACUGAGCUUUGGGCCCUUGGCUCUGAUGAUGGCCGUGCACCCAGGGGAGGAUGCCGAGGCGGCUCUGGGGAGGUCCCCCGAGGUGGGCACCCCCGAGGUGCGGUGUGGAGGCUGGUGA